AUGUAUGAAAAGCUCCCAUUGUGGGUUCCAGAUGGAAUCAUUGCCUCAAGAGAUGCAUUUAAUAACAUUAACCAACUGAAAGAACAAGCACAAGAUUUACUUGUAAAGUUUGAUAAAGAUACUGAUGGUCUGUUGAAUAGUAAUGAAUUCAAACUAGCAUUACAAUCAUUAGGAAUAAGAAAAAAGCAAGCAACAGCAAUUAGAAAGUUGUGGGAUAUAGAAGACACUGGUCUUAUCAAUACAGAAGUUUUUGUAAGAGUGUAUUGUUUUGUUCGUUCAGGUCAACUGUAUACCAGAAAAAUUGAUAAAUUCGAACAACUACCGAAUACAGAUCCUCUAGUUAGGAUUUAA